CACUAACGUAGGCACUGUGCACGUGAGACGACUGUCUGCUAGUCGGGUCAGUGGUUAGCUGCACAAGAUUCCUCGUGACGUUCUCCCGGCGGUUUUGAAAAGUCUUCUCUACAUUGUCAGUUCCUUGUGAUUAUGUUACAUAGAUUAGUGACGGUCACAGGAGGACAUUAUGUUUACGGUAUUUCGUGCGUUAUUGAUACUUACACAUUUUCUUUACAACUUAAUCACCGCGGUUCAUAACUGGUAUAUGUUACUUUAUCGUAAGUGCACCGAAAUUUGGUACGGUGAGAAUUUGAUGACAGAGGUGGAGUGGCUGGUGCGCACCGCGAGUAGAACGAAAAAGCUGCCAAGGCACAUUCUGAUUAUUUUCGGCGCGAAAGAGGACACUAUAUUAGAUUGCGUGCGGAUAAUCAGCUGGUGCAUUACCCUCGGUAUACCCUAUGUCAGUUUCUUUGACAUCAAUGGUUUCCUUGUGAAGAACGAGAGUUUUUUGAAACAUGAAAUUGAAAAAAGAAGGCCUGAUUUAGUAGAUCAUAUCAGUUGGAGUAAACCGAAAAGGGCAUUUAAACAAAAUGGAAUGACUGGUUCUAAAUUGAAGACACGAGUAACCUUGUUAUGUGCUUUGGAUGGAAAAACAGAAAUAGUUACAUUAACAAAGAAUUUGGCUGAAGCAGUUGUCACAGGAACAAUUAAAUCCGAAGAGAUAAAUGCAGAUUUGCUUAAUGAGAAAUUAAAUUCACGGGACCUACCUGAUCCCGAUAUAGGAUUAAUCUAUGGCCGCGUUUGUUGUACGUAUGGUGUUUUGCCAUGGCAAACGCGAAUAACGGAAUUUUUUACGUUACCUGUACACUAUAGCCUAUCAGUUAAGGACUUCAUGUAUUUGCUGAAGAAGUACAAUAAAUGCGAGCAACGAUACGGGAAAUAACUGGAAUUGUUAUUCUUAUUUGUGUAACUUUUUUGUACUUCAAACAGAAAAGAGAGAAUAUGAAAGAAAUGAAACAAGAAAUAGAUAUUUAAGAAGACUUAUAAAGACUGAACCUAAAACAAUUUACAGAUACUAUUUUAUAAGUGGUUGCGUGUUAGUGAAAUAAUAAAAGGAAGGGACAUGGUGCUUGUAUAAUACAAGUAAUGCUUAUAAAUCAAUUUUAAAUGAGUGUCUGUAAGAAGGAACUUAGGUAGCUUAACUUAAAGACGUUCUCACGAGCAUCAAGAGAAGAGGAUUCCACCGAACGCUGUAAGAAUGGAUUACUUUAAUUUUAUAAAAUAGAACGAUUAUUUUAUCGCGAAAUGUAGAACAGAAAAGAAAGCAAAGAAUAGUUAUAGACGGAAGCGGAGUAUUUCUACUUUUUUCUUAGAAUCGUGAGGCUUUUUAUUAUUUAAUUAUUUGUAAAUGUUAAGUACUUUCAAAGGGUGCACGAAGAAAAAUUAUUUAAUUGCCCGACUUCAGUGAAACAAAAUGUUACGUUCAACGUCACGAGUACAAAUUUAAUAUUCUUAAAUAUCUAAGAUAAAUGUUAAUAACAUUUUAGUAGAUUUUUUAAAAUUUCGCUCGCAUCGUUUUUUCCGUACCCUUUAUUCGUACAGCUGGAAGAAGAAAGUUUAGAAAUACCGAUGCUCCUGGGGGCAAAUCCUGUUUCGUUCAUGACAUGAAAUUAAAUGGCGAAAGAGACUUGGAAUAAAAUUAUUGCAUUUAUCAUUGCUGCCGAUAUGCCGACAUUCCGUGUACAUAAUAAUUUAUCCGUGGAAUCUCCGUGCACGUGGAUAUUUUGAUAUCAAAAGAACACGAUUUUUCGUUUGAUCUUAGUGGUAUUUUUCUUGAGAGAAGCGCCUAUUGUGGAGUCGAGAAUUCUUGAAACACCUAAAUA